AUGAAAACUAUUUUUUUUUCUAUUUAGAAGGAAAAUCUGUACAUUUAAUUAAUUAACUAUGAAUACUGAAACAUUCCAUCAAGAUGAUUUUGAUUUUAAUUACCAAUCAAAUCCAAUGGACUUCGCCAGGCCCCGACCCAGGAAAGCGCAAUACAAUAACGCGUAUGGAAACUACAGGGGAGGCUAUCGUGGCGGUGCCGUCUUUCAACGUGGCCCGCCGCCGGCACUAAUGGACCUUCCGAUGCCUCGACUAGGUUUUUUUAGGCCUCCUGGUCCAUAUGGCCCUCCUGGCCCAUAUGGCCGCUCUCCUGGAUCAUACGGCCCGCGUGGAUCACCAUUUCGUCCAGGCCCAAUGACAUAUGGUAGAAACAACCGUGGUGUCCCAUUUGAAGAGAAGGCUAUAAGGUUUUUGAUGAGAUGUGGACUUGUCAGGGAUGCAUUGAAGACUAUACCCAGAGAUGUACUUUGGAUGAUUGAGCCCAAUCGUUGUGGCCUGUGUGACAUCACCUUUGAAAAUUUCAACAUGUGUAAGUUUCUAUGUUUCUUUUAUCACAUGUUCAGUCUCAUGACAAGGACAGUUAAUCUCAUUAUAAUUUUUCAUCUCAACCACAUCGUAUCUAUGGUGUUUACGUUCAUUGUCUUCUUGAUUUGCAAAACAAUAAUGUUGUGGUUUCGCAGGAUCGUGGAAGGGCGCAAGGCUCCCAAGAACCCGGUGCUGUUGCAAAAUGGAAUGCAAGACAGAUUGAACCAAUUGGUCCGUCGUGAAAAGAAAAGUAUGAAGUCUGAGCCAGAAAAACCUAGCGUCGCACCAAAAGAUCCAAAACUGACGAUAGUUCACCACACCUCUGACCUUCAUUGUGAUAUCUGUAAUACGUCGGUGACAUGCACCGAGCAAAUGACGAUGCAUCUGAACGGGAAGAAGCACCUGAACAAGGAAAAGCAGCACAUCCUAAAUAUGAUGAAGGGUGAAGAAUCUAAAGGCAAUGCAGGUCAAGGAGAAGGCGACAACGCGGCUGAGAAAGAUACUGAAAAAGCCAUUGAAGAAGAAGCUGAUGAAGAAGAAGCCGAUGAAGAAGAAGCGGAUGAAGAAGAAGCCGAUUGGGAAAAUAAUGGAGAAAAAUGGGAAUAACUCUAUAAUGGUUAUUAAAGCUUAAACAUUGAUGUUUGUUUCAAUGUUACUAAUAUUCAACUUGUGAAACUACAAAUUACAUGAAUCACAUCUAAUAUGGAUAGCAACUUGCUACUUGUUUCAUUUUAAACUGUCUUGAACUUUUCUUAUACCUAUGAUUAUAUGGGCUUG